AUGGAAGACAAACAUCAGCCUGAUUCGAGUAAUUCAGUUCAAAUGGGCAUAAAACAUAAGCAAGGUAUGCCCAUGCAAAGUCAGUUUGAACAAGCCAUUUUAGAUGUCUAUGAUUUUUGUAUGAAAGAAAAAGAAGCAGGUGUUCCUAUAAUACCGUUGAAUCACUUUGCUAAAAGAGUUACUGAAAUGUUAAAGAUAUCUGAUUCUUCAGUUAAAAGAGUUUUAAAAAAAAGAGAAAAUGGUAUUCCAUUAGCACCACUAAAAAGAAAGAGAAAUAGGAAAAGUCCUAUUACAGAUGUAGAUGAUUAUACAAAAGAUGCUAUCGCUCGUAAAGUUCAUGCAUAUAGUUUUCAAGAGAAACAAUUUACAAUGGGUGCAUUUCUAGAAGAAUGCAAAGCUGAUUUAGGAUUUAAGGGGUGUGAAAAAUCAUUAAGAAGAAUUUUGGAAAAACAACUUGGGUUUGAAUUUAAAAAAGUCGACAAUAAAUUGAAAAUUGAGCAAAAAAAAGUUAAGAAAGGUAAAGUCAAAGGGGAGAAAACUGUGAAAGUUUUGAGAAAGACAAAAACGAAAAAUUCACCAGUCUCAGUUUCUAUACAAACGCAAACUGUUAGCCAACCACCUCAGACUAUACCAAUUUUAGACAUUACAAUGGGACAUAGAGGAAACACAAUGGAAGAUAUGUCUACAGUGCAUAGAAUUCAUCACAUGGAAGACACUUCUAUUCAACAUCGUAAUCAUCCAGGAGAUACAAUUGAACACAUGGCUAUGGCCGGAUUGGUCGCUCAUCGAACCAAUGUUAUAGAAAAUAUGGCAAUAGCUCACAGAGCCAAUGAAAUGGUUAUUCAGCAACAUCAGCGCGUUGGCGACAUGACUGUAAUUAAUGAUUACAGGUCGAAAUAA